UCAUUUUGGUAAAGGAAGGAAAAACUCCAAUUUCUUCCCUUCUUUUUAUUGCACAGUCCAAACUAUAAUUGUCUUUCUCAAUUGCUUCAACAAUUUUCUUUCUUAUCAUCGAGCACUUGCUUUCCUUUUAGGGUUUACGACGCCCUCAAUAGCAGCUCAGAAUCAGAUCGUUUCACCAAUUCCCUAAUUCGAGAUAGCCACCUAUGGAUUGGGGAAACGUUACUGCCGAGGAUCUCGUCGAUGCGCUUCGAGAAGUCGAUUGGUCAUCGCCUCCUCGCCCUAUCUCCGAGUUCUUCUCCAGGUUCACCAUCCCCCGAUCUUCCGCCAAGUGGAACAGCCGUCUCAAGUGCAAUCUCUAUUAUUACCGAACCAACUAUUUCAUUAUGAUCGUUUUCAUUCUUGCCCUGGGUUUUCUACGAAGGCCACUUGCUAUUGUUGCUGCUUUUCUCACAGCACUCAGCAUCGCUUUUCUAAACGACAGUUUUGCAGGCACAUUCAGUGAAAAAGUAACCAGAACUGUUAGACAAUUCUCUCCGCACAUGGCUGCAAAGAUGAGGCCUCCUCUUACGCCUGUUAUCCGUGGACGUCCAUCAGCUAAAAGAGCAAUAUACAUAUGCGGACGUCCUCGAUGGGUUUUUGUCUUGGUGUUCUCUUCUGUGAGUUUCCUACUCUGGUUCAUUUCUUGUGGCCUUUUGACUGUACUUUGGUCACUUUCAUUUGGACUUCUCGCAACGUUGCUUCAUGCAAGCUUCAGAACACCUAAUUUGAAAGCACGUCUAAACACAUUCCGUGAGGAAUUCCGUGCUGUUUGGCGCAAUUAUAGUGAACUGUAGUUACCUGGACUUUGUAGAAUGUGAGUAUAUUCUGUCUUCAGUUUUAUAUUUGUGAUUUGGUGUACUACCUUUGUUCUUUUGUUGCUUCUAUUGCAUCUCCAAGGGCGUGUGUUAUUAAAUUUAUUUUGUUAAUUUCUACAAGGGAUUCAAUGGAAUUGGAAAAAAAAAUUAAUAUUCUAUGUUCCAAGUGCUUCUGAAAACCCUUUUUAUGGUUCACAGAAAUUGAAUCUCAAUUUUAAGAAGUUGUUCAGUGUGUUUAGUGAUAAAUUUUUAAGCAAGUAUUUGUAAUUUGAAUACAGCUCAGUUGGUUAAAGCAUGCUUUUUUUUUAGCAAAAGAUCAAGAGGUUCAAAUCUCCAUCCCACAUGUUGAACUCAUAAUGGUAGUCAGGCUAACUAUCUAGCUGAAUCUCAAAUACUAGUAAUUAAUAUAUUAUCAUAUUAACAUUACAAAACAUCAAUGUUGACAUGUUGUAAAAUAACUAUAUCGGUAUAAUUUAUGAUAUGUUAUGUAACACGUGUUUUAAUUGUAACAAAGAUGAAAUAAGUUUAUAGCAUAAAAUAGUUAUUCAUAAAACUAAAUUUAGAAGAUCAAUUUUCUUUUGGGUAUAAUUCUGCUUUUUGGAAUUUUGAAUGUGAAGAGUUUCUACUGUUUAUAUUACGGGAUCCAAAAAUGAUUUUUGAAACAAAUACUAAAUAUGCGUCCGGAUCUUUUGGUCCAAGAACUGUCAAUUUGUGAGAUGCGAUCUUCAUUAUAGUGGCCCUUAAUUAUGUUAGAACUGAAAUAUGUUAUAACCUUUAUUAUCUUCUUCCUUAUGUGAGGCCGUAUCUAAUUGUUAGGCUGCUCAUUAGAAAAUGUUAUGGGUAGCUGUAUUUGCUAAUAAUCGAUGGGGUUGAAGAUAGUUGUGAUAGGAUGAAAUUUUGAGGCACUUAAAAGGAAGCUUAGGUUUGAACGUGUGUUAAUCCCAUUUAGUUUUUGCAGUAGCGGUACUAUAUUUAAUCGUUUGAUUCUAUCAUACUCAAACAGUCAAACUUCAUACCGAAUUUUUGAUAUACACGUUGUACAAUGUUUCCCACCUCUUAGUUGGGGGAUUGAUAAUUUAUGAAGCUGAAGUAAGCUUUCAUCUACAGAAAGAGCCAUCUAUAUUUACCCAUACUUUUCGCAUCUUCUUGACAAAUUACCAGUAAAAUUCGCCUAUGGAUCUUUGCUAUUGAUUCUUUUACUUGCAUAUGAUUUUGGUGACCUACAGUGAGCAAAAUGCUGUGAUUAAAAACUGUAUGUGGCUUGACCAUUUAUCCGAGAUGUCACCUUGUCCUCCAACAAUGUAUUUCCCGUAAUGUUUUGUACAACUUAAUAACGUGAUUCCAACUUGAACAUAGUUCAUCAGUCAAGUAUCAUAAUUAUAGAUCAACUAUGUAUUCUGCUGUUUCUUCUAAUAUUUAUUUUGUAUUAUAUUGCUUUUGCUGCUACUAAGAUUGGUAUUAUCAAUUUUUCUGUACAGGCGUCCUUUGUUAAUUAUGGUGUUCAUACUGUAAAUCUGUGCUUCACCUGAUUGCUACGCUGCUGUCUCUAAGAACAAUUUGCUGGGAUGGAAAGUCUGAAGUGACGACUGCCAAAAUAUGCCAGAUUUUGCAAAUUUUGUAAAUUUUGGCUCAUGUUUCUGGGGAUGUAAUUGUUUCAUUUGUCAUCUGUAUUGUGAAAAGACUAAGAAUUAGAUACAGUGGAAGAUUUUCAGUGAAGCAGAGUGAAUAUUCUUAGAAAGAAAACACAAAAUGGCCCAUUUAGUUAUGAAUUUUAUUACUUUCUUAUUUCUUCACUAAAAAGUAAAAGAACGGUUCAUUUCA